AACUCUUGAUCAUUUAAAAAAAAAAAAAAAAACUUGUAUAGAAUUGACAUAUAUAGAAUUAAGUUACCCAUGUAGAGAGAUGUAUAUGGGGAGUAUGAGACGUUCAAUUUUGUAACCAAUGCUUACUAGUACUAAUAAUUAUUUUAUUGGACAUGGAGUAUUUUAUUUUAUUUUAUUUUGUUGGGCGACGCAGAGCGACAGGCAGCCAUUGACAGCGGCACUGAGGUCGUCCACAGCGUAGCUCUCUGGAGGGUAUGCUAGAUGAUGGCAUGGCUCACGGUCAUUGUUUCAUUUUUUGUACUCUGGAUAGCUUCGUUGUGCAAGAUUCUUCACAAAACACGCUCAUCUUCCAAGGCUACAUUCUUAAAUAAUGGUGGUGCAGGACUUCGCCGGAAAAAUGCAUUGCUGGUUAUUGCCCAUCCUGAUGAUGAGUCUAUGUUUUUUACUCCAACAAUUAAUUACCUUACUUCCGGGGGCCAUAAUCUACACAUUGUGUGCAUCUCAACUGGUAAUGCAGAUGGCAUGGGAAACAUCAGGAAAGAAGAGCUCUAUCAGGCUUCUGCAGUCCUCAAGGUUCCACUCCAACAAGUGAAGAUCCUGGACCAUCCAGAUUUGCAGGAUGGUUUUGGCAAAGUAUGGAGGUGUGAUUUAUUGGCAAGAAUAAUUGAAGAGGAAAUUCUUAGUCAUGCCAUCGAUUUGAUUAUUACUUUUGAUAACUAUGGUGUUUCUGGUCAUUGUAACCAUCGUGGCGUCAAUCAAGGGAUACGGACUAAAUGAAGGGCUUGGGUGUUUGUUUAAGCUGGGAGGAAAUGACUUUGAGAUAUAUGACUCAGAGAGAACAGUGGGUCACACAGGUCAGCUUUAUAUUUCAGCUUCUUAUUGCAUUAUUAAAUACCAUGGAUUUUUCUAUUUCCAUGGCAUCUAGAGAACCAAAUGCAUCAUUAGUAUAGUGUCAUUGCAAAGAAAGCUCCAAUCAGACUUGGAUGAUUGCAAAACAGAAUGGAUCUAUUUUCGAAAAUAAAUAUAAUUGGUGAUAUUCUCAUACAAUACUGUAAAUGAUGUUUUUACAUAAAACAGAGUACUUGUUUUAAAUGCUAUGGAAAACAAAAUGGAAAAAAUGUUGCUACUUCAAAAGAAACAAUUUCAUUUGGAUAAUGCUGUAAAACAACAUAUAUAUAUACACAUAAUCCUCUUUUUAAUGAUGCAAUUGGGAGUUUCUAAACCCACCACACCCGCCAUGUUUAUCUCUACAUCUAUAUCCACAAAUUUUUCUUCGUAGCAUACAAGAUAUACAAUGCAUAUAGUGAGUGUAGAGAGAAAAUAAGCGAGUGUAUUUAGAAGCUCCGAUGAAUUUUUUUCAUAAAUGCAGCCUC